CUUGCAUACGUGAUUAUUCUCAAUCCGUGCAACACAUGUUCAGCGCUCUACAGCUUCAAACUCGACAAUUUACAAAUUUGGAUCAACAGUUGAACCUACUCCGUUAUUGAUGCAAUUUGGUUUUGGAUAAAGGUCACCAUUGCCGGGUUAAUUAUUUUGACAGUUUCAUUGGAAAAUGAAAUUUUCGAACGGCUUAUUUGUGACAUUGGCAUCGGCUGUUCUCAUGCUGGCGCACAGUAUACACGGUAAAUCAAUCCUGCUGGCCUUGGAAUCAACAAGUGAUAACAUUGUGGAAGACAAUCGCCAACCGGAAACCACGUCACUUCUACAUAGUGGCAGCGGGGAAGAAGGCUCUGUGCAGCCGACUGAGAAGGAAAACAACGAUAAGCGGCAUCUGCUGAUGAGAGCAAAACGGUACGCGCCGCCGGCGCCCUUACAAAGCAUUUUCCGCUUCUUACUACGAGACGAAAUGGAGGAUGGGAAAAGCAAGAACAACGCGCGUAUCAAAGAACGCGACCAGAUCAUCGGACCCAUCCUGAUCCGAUUGGGAUGACAAUGACCGGAAACGCAAGAAUGCAUCAACGAGGCAACUGUACAUGAAGCACAACAUGGCAAAGACUUUGGGAAUGUGUACACUGAGUGAUUCUUUGCCGUAUAAACUUUUGUAGAUAUUUUGACAUAUCUCCUGUUGGUCUUCCGGUUAUACGGAAGCUGGGUGCAGCUGAAUGCUUGACCGUGACCUUUUGUGGGUGUGCACAGGCACGGUCGUCUGCUUUGUACAGUAAUCUCACCCGGCGCUGGUUGCGCCGGAUUUUGCCGCUGGUUUCGGCAUGUGCUAGUUAACUUAUUUAUGUAACGGUAGUUUUGACUUUUUGUUCGUGUAUUCGGGAAAAAAAUCCCGCACAAUAAAUACCAAACAGGAUACCAAACAAACUGGUAUUCUAUAC